GGCACUGAGCUCCAGCUCCAAGAGGAGUGUACUUUGUGCAGAAGUCCUCUUUCCCCUGGCGUGACACGUCUGAUGUUUGUCCUUGACGGGCUGAACCCUUGAGAUCCUCUCACUUGUGGUUGAGUGUGCUGGUCAGUUUUUCUCAACGUCACAAACUAGAGCCACCUAGAGAAGGGAACCUCGGCUGAGGAAUCGACUCCAUGAUAUUGGCCUGUGGUCUUGUUUAUGGGGCAUUUCCUUGGUUAAUAGUUGAUAUGGGAGGGCCCAGCCCCCAUGAAUAGUGGUGCCAUCCCCUAGGCAGAUGGAUGGUCCUGGUUUGUAGAAGAAAGCAAGAUGAGUGCAUCGAAAAAGUGAGCCGGCAAUGUGGGAGCAGUGCCAGCUACUGAAGAGUGCCUCGGUGUUUGCCCGCUGCCACCCUCUGGUGGAUCCCGAGCCUUUUGUGGCUCUCUGUGAGAAGACUUUGUGUACAUGUACUACUGGGCCAGAGUGCUCAUGCCCCGCCCUCCUUGAGUACGCCCGGACCUGCGCCCAGGAAGGGAUGGUGCUGUAUGGCUGGACUGACCACAGCGCCUGUCACCCAGCAUGCCCUGCUGGCAUGGAGUAUAAGGAGUGUGUGUCUCCUUGCACCAGAACCUGCCAGAGCCUGCCUAUCAGUGAAGUGUGUCAGCAGCAAUGUGUGGACGGCUGUGGCUGCCCUGAGGGAGAGCUCCUGGAUGAAGACCGCUGCGUACAGAGCUCCGAAUGUUCUUGUGUGCAUGCUGGGAAGCGGUACCCUCCUGGCACCUCCCUCUCUCAAGACUGCAACACUUGCAUCUGCAGAAACAGCCUGUGGAUCUGCAGCAAUGAAGAAUGCCCAGGUGAGUGUCUUGUCACAGGCCAAUCUCACUUCAAGAGCUUUGACAACAGGUACUUCACCUUCAGUGGGAUCUGCCAGUACCUGCUGGCCCGGGACUGCCAAGACCACUCUUUCUCCAUUGUCAUAGAGACCGUGCAGUGUGCCGAUGACCCGGAUGCUGUCUGCACCCGUUCAGUCACCUUGCGGCUAUCUGCCCUGCACAACAGCCUUGUGAAGCUGAAACAUGGGGGAGGAGUCGCCAUUGAUGGCCAGGAUGUCCAGAUUCCCUUCCUGCAAGGUGACCUCCGCAUCCAGCACACGGUGAUGGCUUCUGUACGUCUCAGCUAUGAGGAAGACCUGCAGAUGGACUGGGAUGGCCGUGGGAGGCUACUGGUUAAGCUGUCCCCUGUCUACUCUGGGAAGACCUGUGGCUUGUGUGGGAAUUACAACGGCAACAAGGGCGACGACUUCCUCACGCCUGCGGGCCUAGUGGAGCCCCUGGUGGUGGACUUCGGAAACGCCUGGAAGCUUCAAGGGGACUGUCCGGACCUGCAUAUGCAGCACAGCGACCCCUGCAGCCUGAACCCGCGCCUGACCAGGUUUGCAGAGGAGGCUUGCGCUCUCCUGACGUCCUCCAAGUUCGAGGCCUGCCACCAUGCCAUCAGUCCUCUGCCCUACCUGCAGAACUGCCGCUAUGAUGUUUGCUCCUGCUCUGAUGGCCGGGAUUGCCUGUGUAGUGCGGUGGCCAACUAUGCUGCUGCGUGUGCCCGAAAAGGCGUGCACAUCGGGUGGCGGGAACCAGACUUCUGUGCGCUGGGCUGCCCACAGGGCCAGGUGUACCUGCAGUGUGGGAAUUCCUGCAACCUGACCUGCCGCUCCCUCUCCUACCCGGAUGAGGAAUGCAAUGAAGUCUGUCUUGAAGGCUGCUUCUGCCCGCCAGGGCUCUACCAGGAUGAAAGAGGGAACUGUGUGCCCAAGGCCCAGUGUCCCUGUUACUAUGAUGGUGAACUCUUCCAGCCUGCAGACAUCUUCUCAGACCAUCAUACCAUGUGUUACUGUGAAGACGGCUUCAUGCAUUGUACCACGAGUGUCGGCCCGGGGAGCCUGUUGCCAGACAUUGUCCUCAGCAGUCCCCUCUCUCACCGCAGCAAAAGGAGCCUGUCCUGUCGGCCACCCAUGGUCAAGCUGGUGUGUCCUGCUGACAACCCACGGGCUCAAGGGCUGGAGUGUGCCAAGACAUGCCAGAACUAUGACCUGGAGUGCAUGAGCUUGGGCUGUGUGUCUGGCUGCCUCUGUCCCCCAGGCAUGGUCCGGCAUGAAAACAAGUGUGUGGCCUUGGAACGGUGUCCCUGCUUCCACCAGGGCCAAGAGUAUGCCCCAGGAGACAAAGUGAAGAUCGACUGCAACACCUGUGUCUGCCGGGACCGGAGGUGGAAUUGCACGGACCACGUGUGUGACGCCACUUGCUCUGCCAUUGGCAUGGCCAACUACAUCACCUUUGAUGGACUCAAGUACCUCUUCCCUGGGGAGUGCCAGUAUGUUCUGGUGCAGGAUUACUGUGGCGAUAACCCUGGGACCUUUCGGAUCCUGGUGGGAAAUGAGGGAUGCAGCUAUCCUUCAGUGACGUGUAAGAAACGGGUCACCAUCCUGGUGGAAGGAGGGGAGAUUGAACUGUCUGAUGGAGAGGUGAAUGUGAAGAAGCCCUUGAAAGACGAGUCUCACUUCGAGGUGGUGGAGUCUGGCCGGUACGUCCUCCUGUUGCUGGGUCCAGCCCUCUCCGUGGUCUGGGACCACCACCUCAGUGUCUCCGUGGUCCUGAAGCGCACAUACCAGGAGCAGGUGUGCGGUCUGUGUGGGAACUUUGAUGGCAUCCAGAACAAUGACUUCACCAGCAGCAGUCUUCAGGUGGAGGAGGACCCUGUUGACUUUGGGAAUUCCUGGAAAGUGAGCUCACAGUGUGCCAACACAAGAAAGCUGUCACUAGAUGUUCCCCCUGCCACCUGCCACAACAACAUCAUGAAGCAGACCAUGGUGGACUCCUCCUGCAGAAUCCUUACCAGCGACAUCUUCCAGGGCUGCAACAGGCUGGUGGACCCCGAGCCAUACCUGGACAUCUGCAUUUAUGACACUUGCUCCUGCGAGUCCAUUGGGGACUGCGCCUGUUUCUGUGACACCAUCGCUGCCUAUGCCCAUGUGUGUGCCCAGCAUGGCCAGGUGGUACCCUGGAGGACGCCCACACUGUGCCCCCAGAGUUGUGAAGCAAGAAAUGUUCAGGAAAAUGGCUACGAGUGUGAGUGGCGCUAUAAUAGCUGUGCACCUGCCUGCCCAGUCACCUGUCAGCACCCUGAGCCUCUGGCUUGCCCUGUGCAGUGUGUGGAGGGGUGCCACGCACACUGCCCUCCAGGGAGAAUCCUGGAUGAACUUCUUCAGACCUGUGUGGACCCCCAAGAUUGCCCUGUGUGUGAGGUGGCUGGCCGGCGCUUGGCCCCUGGAAAGAGAAUCACCUUGAGCCCAGAUGACCCUACACACUGUCAGAACUGUCACUGUGAUGGUGUCAACCUCACCUGUGAAGCCUGCGGGGAGCCUGGAGGCCUGGUGGUACCCCCAACAGAUGGCCCGGUCAGCUCUACUACCCCAUAUGUAGAAGAGACCCCUGAGCCGCCCCUGCAUAGCUUCUACUGCAGCAAGCUGCUAGAUCUUGUAUUCCUGCUGGAUGGCUCCUCCAGGCUGUCUGAGGCUGAGUUUGAAGUGCUCAAGGCUUUUGUGGUGGGCACGAUGGAGAGGCUGCACAUUUCUCAGAAGCGCAUCCGUGUGGCGGUGGUUGAGUACCACGAUGGAUCCCAUGCUUACAUUGACCUUAAAGACCGGAAGCGGCCCUCCGAGCUUCGGCGCAUUGCCAGCCAGGUUAGGUACGCAGGUAGCCAGGUGGCCUCCACCAGCGAGGUUUUGAAGUACACACUGUUCCAGAUCUUUGGCAGAAUUGAUCGCCCCGAAGCCUCCCGCAUCGUUCUACUCCUGACUGCUAGCCAGGAGCCCCCGCGGUUGGCCAGGAAUUUGGUCCGUUAUGUCCAGGGCCUGAAGCAGAAGAAGAUCACUGUGAUCCCCGUGGGAAUUGGGCCACAUGCCAGCCUUAGGCAGGUCCGCCUCAUUGAAAAGCAGGCCCCUGAAAACAAGGCCUUUCUGCUCAGUGGGGUGGAUGAGCUGGAGCAGAGAAGGGAUGAAAUAAUCAGCUACCUCUGCGACCUAGCCCCUGAGCCCAGAGCCCCUACUAAGCGUCCCCAGGUAGCACAAAUCACCACAAGUCCAGGGACCUUGGGGAUUUCAUCACCUGGACCCAAGAGGAAGUCCAUGGUUCUGGACGUGGUGUUUGUCCUGGAGGGGUCGGACAAAGUGGGUGAAGCUAACUUCAAUAAGAGCAAGGAAUUCCUGGAGGAGGUAAUUCGGCGCAUGGAUGUGAGCCAGGAUGGCACCCACAUCUCCGUGCUGCAGUAUUCAUACACGGCAACUGUGGAGUACACCUUCAAUGAAGCCCAGUCCAAGGAGGAUGUAUUGCGGCAUGUGCGAGAGAUCCGUUACCACGGUGGCAACAGGACCAACACUGGGCAGGCCCUGCAGUACCUCUCCGAGUACAGCUUCUCUCCCAGCCAGGGGGACCGGGAACAGGCACCUAAUCUGGUCUACUUGGUCACAGGGAACCCUGCCUCGGAUGAGAUCAAGAGGUUGCCUGGAGACAUCCAGGUGGUACCUAUUGGGGUGGGCCCCCGUGCCAACACACAGGAACUGGAGAGAAUUGGCUGGCCCAAUGCUCCCAUCUUCAUCCGAGACUUUGAGACACUUCCCCGAGAGGCUCCUGACCUGGUCCUGCAGAGAUGCUGCUCCAGGGAGGGGCUGCAGCUGCCCACCCUCUCCCCGACUCCUGACUGCAGCCAACCCCUGGAUGUGGUUCUCCUCCUGGAUGGCUCCUCUAGUUUGCCAGAGUCUUACUUUGAUAUGAUGAAGAGUUUUGCCAAGGCUUUCAUUUCAAAGGCCAACAUUGGGCCCCACCUCACUCAGGUGUCUGUGCUGCAAUACGGAAGCAUCAAUACCAUCGAUGUACCAUGGAAUGUGGCCCAAGAGAAAGCCCACCUACUGAGUUUGGUGGACCUCAUGCAGCGAGAGGGUGGCCCCAGCAAAAUUGGGGAUGCUCUGGCAUUUGCUGUGCGCUAUGUAACUUCACAAAUACACGGAGCCAGGCCUGGAGCAUCCAAAGCAGUGGUCAUCCUCAUCCUGGGUACCUCCUUGGAUUCAGUGGACACAGCAGCAGAUGCUGCCAGAUCCAACCGGGUGGCGGUGUUCCCCAUUGGUGUCGGGGAUCGUUACGAUGAAGCCCAGCUGAGGAUCUUGGCAGGCCCAGGGGCCAGCUCCAAUGUGGUAAAGCUCCAGCAAGUUGAAGAUCUCCCUACCAUAGUUACCCCGGGCAAUUCCUUCUUCCAUAGACUGUGCUCUGGGUUUUCUGGAGUUUGUGUGGACGAGGAUGGGAAUGAGAAGAGGCCCGGGGAAGUCUGGACCUUGCCAGAUCAGUGCCACACAGUGACCUGCUUGCCAAAUGGCCAGACUUUGCUGCAGAGUCAUCGGGUCAACUGUGACCAUGGACCCAGGCCUUCGUGUUCCAACAGCCAGUCCCCUGUUCGAGUGGAGGAGACCUGUGGCUGCCGUUGGACCUGCCCUUGUGUGUGCACUGGCAGCUCCACUCGGCAUAUCAUCACCUUCGAUGGGCAGAACUUCAAGCUGACGGGCAACUGCUCCUAUGUCCUCUUUCACAACAAGGAGCAGGACUUGGAAGUGAUUCUCCACAAUGGGGCCUGCAGCCCUGGGGCAAGGCAAGCCUGCAUGAAGUCCAUUGAGAUUAAGCAUGGUGGCCUCUCUGUGGAGCUGCACAGUGACAUGGAGAUGUCAGUGAACGGGAGACUGGUCCCUGCUCCUUACGUGGGUGGAGACAUGGAAGUCAGCGUCUACGGUGCUAUCAUGUAUGAGGUCAGGUUCAACCACCUUGGCCACAUCCUCACAUUCACGCCACAAAACAAUGAGUUCCAACUGCAGCUUAGUCCCAAGACCUUUGCUUCGAAGAUGUACGGUCUCUGUGGAAUCUGUGAUGAGAAUGGGGCCAAUGACUUCAUGCUGCGCGAUGGCACAGUCACCACAGACUGGAAAAGGCUUAUCCAGGAAUGGACUGUGCAGCAGCCAGGGUACCCAUGCCAGCCUGUUCCUGAGGAGCAGUGCCCUGUCUCUGACAGCUCCCACUGCCAGGUCCUCCUCUCGACACUGUUUGCCGAGUGCCACAAGGUCCUUGCUCCAGCCACAUUCCAUGCCAUCUGCCAGCAAGACAGUUGCCACCAGGAGCGAGUGUGUGAGGUGAUUGCUUCUUAUGCCCACCUCUGUCGGACCAAUGGGGUCUGUGUCGAUUGGAGGACAACUGAUUUUUGUGCUAUGUCGUGCCCAGCAUCCCUGGUAUAUAACCACUGUGAGCAUGGCUGCCCUCGGCACUGUGAUGGGAACACUACUAGCUCCUGUGGUGAUCACCCCUCAGAAGGCUGUUUUUGUCCCCAACACCAAGUCAUGCUGGAAGGCAGCUGUGUUCCCGAGGAGGCCUGCACUCAGUGUAUUGGGGAGGAUGGAGUCCGACAUCAGUUCCUAGAGACCUGGGUCCCAGACCAUCAGCCCUGUCAGAUCUGUGUGUGCCUCAGCGGAAGGAAGGCCAACUGCACUGCGCAGCCAUGUCCCACAGCCAGAGCUCCCACGUGUGGCCCAUGUGAAGUGGCUCGCCUCAAAGAGAGUGCAAACCGGUGCUGCCCAGAGUAUGCUUGUGAGUGUGACCUGGCCAACUGCAACUUGCCUCCGGUGCCUCCAUGUGAAGGAGGGUUCCAGCCAACCCUGACCAACCCUGGAGAAUGCAGACCUACCUUCACCUGUGCCUGCAGGAAAGAAGAAUGCAAAAGAGUGUCCCCACCCUCCUGCCCGCCUCAUCGGACACCUACCCUUAGGAAGACCCAGUGCUGCGAUGAGUAUGAGUGUGCUUGCAGCUGUGUCAACUCCACACUGAGCUGCCCACUUGGGUACCUGGCCUCGACCACCACCAAUGACUGUGGCUGCACCACAACCACCUGUCUCCCCGACAAGGUUUGUGUCCACCGAGGCACCAUCUACCCUGUGGGCCAGUUCUGGGAGGAGGGCUGUGACACAUGCACCUGCACCGACAUGGAGGAUACUGUCAUGGGCCUGCGUGUGGCCCAGUGCUCUCAGAAGCCCUGUGAAGACAGCUGCCAGCCAGGCUUCUCUUACGUUUUCCGUGAAGGCGAGUGCUGUGGAAGGUGCCUGCCCUCUGCUUGCAAGGUCAUGGUUGGCUCUCCUCGGGGAGAUUCCUUUUCUUCCUGGAAGAAUGUUGGCUCUCGGUGGGCUGCCCCUGAGAAUCCCUGCCUCAUCAACGAGUGUGUCCGAGUGGAGGAGGCGGUCUUUGUGCAGCAGAGGAACAUCUCCUGCCCCCAGCUGGCUGUCCCUACCUGCCCCACAGGUUUCCAGCUGAGCUGUGAGACCUCGGAGUGCUGUCCCAGCUGUCGCUGUGAGCCCAUGGAGGCCUGUCUGCUCAAUGGCACCAUCAUUGGUCCGGGAAAAAGUGUGAUGGUUGACUUAUGCACGACCUGCCGCUGCAUUGUGCAGACAGGAGCCACCUCCAGAUUCAAGCUGGAGUGCAGGAAGACUACCUGUGCAGCCUGCCCCAUGGGUUAUCGUGAAGAGAAGAACGAAGGUGAAUGCUGUGGCAGAUGUUUGCCUACAGCUUGCACUAUUCAGCUCAGAGGAGGACAGAUCAUGACACUGAAGCGAGAUGAGACACUCCAGGAUGGUUGUGACAGUCAUUUCUGCAAGGUCAACGAGAGAGGGGAGUACAUCUGGGAGAAAAGGGUCACAGGCUGCCCACCCUUCGAUGAACGCAGGUGUCUGGCUGAAGGAGGGAAAAUCGUGAAAAUUCCGGGCACCUGUUGUGACACUUGUGAGGAGCCUGAUUGCAAAGACAUCGUUGCCAAGCUGCAGUAUGUCAAAGUGGGAGACUGUAAGUCCCAAGAGGAAGUGGACAUUCAUUACUGCCAGGGCAAGUGUGCCAGCAAAGCCGUGUACUCCAUUGACAUUGAGGACGUGCAGCAACAUUGCUCCUGCUGCGGGCCCUCGAGGACGGAGCCCAUGCGUGUGCCCUUGCACUGCACCAAUGGCUCUGUCGUAUACCACGAGGUCAUCAAUGCCAUGCAGUGCAGGUGCUCUCCCCAGAAGUGCAGCAAGUGAGGGCUGUGCAGCUGCCGUGGACCCCACUGCUGCCUGUGCCAUGGCCUGACUAGCUAGAGAGUCACUCCGUCCCUUAUACAUCCUGCCCUUAUACCUUCCUGGGCCCACAAUAAAGGCCAAGCUCUUAUCUUAACCAAG